AUGAGCAGCAACGUUAGCAAAAUGCACUUGGAUUUCGUGGUUGAAGAUGGGUCCACAACCACUGAGCAAAAGUCGGAUUGCCUCAAACUUCUCAAAGUUGUCGUCAAGAACCUCGCGGAUCCCGUCAAGUCAAAAGACGAAAAGUUUCAAACUUUGAAACUCGACAAUCCUAAAGUAUCCGAGAAGCUCCUGCCUUGUCCGUCCGCCAAAAAGUAUUUAUUGUCGCUCGGUUUUACGGAGAGAACUACUCCGGACUAUCAAAAGAUUCUUUUCUGCCAGCAACCUCACCGUGAAACAUUUCAAAAGGCGUUGAGGGCGGUGUCAGAUGCACUGGGAAAGAUUGGGGCUCCGGUAGCUAAGAAACCCCGCACUGUUGAAGAAAGUCUUGCUACUCUGGCACCAACGCCCUCCACUCUCCUUCCAUUUGAACGCCUAUCGGAAAAACAAAAGGCCCGUCGCCUCAUGGAAGAAAAAGACCAACGCGAAAAGGAAUUGGCCAAAGUGCAUCGCGCCAAGGCCGUCGAACAAUUACGGCGGGACAAAUUUGUGCGGGAGAAUGAUCCCAACUGGAAGUCGGGACCGAGUGCAGCAGUCAAUAAAACGGGCAACACAAUUGCCACAUUUCGGGAUCGGCACGGUGAAACUUAA